GGCGGGGGGGGGGGGGGGCGGGGGGCGCAGCAGCGCGGGAGGCGGGGAGAGGCGGCGAAGGGCGCAAGAGCAUCGCUCGGAAGGGGACGCCGCGGGACAGAUGUCUGGGAGGGAGCUGAGCCUCUCCUCGGACCCACGCCGAGGGCGACGGUGAUGCUGCAGAACCGGCGGGAGCAACACCCCGCCGCCGCCCCCCCCGCCACCCCGCGCUCUCGGAGACCCCGGCGCCCGCCUUCUGCAGGGAGAAACGACCAUGGCCGUAGCUCGUGACUUGCUCCCCGGCCACUUACCCUAGCCAGACAUCCUUGGAAAAGUUGCAUUGGAAAAAAAAAUCUUUGCGCUGACCUUUGGGGUCCUGGGUGCCCAAGGAGCGGGCGUACCAGUGCGUGCAAGAAAGCGGAAGGUGUGUGUGCAUGGGGGGCCGGCGGUGGGGGGACCCUCCGCUGCCGCUGCGCCUAGCCUGGUGCUGAGGCUCCGGCCCUCGCCCCCAACCCCCACCCCGGGACCCCGGGGCUGCGAUGAGCCCCUGCGGGCGGGCCCGGCGACACACAUCCAGAGGGGCCAUGGCCGUCCUGGCGUGGAAGUUCCCGCGGACCCGGCUGCCCGUGGGAGCCAGUGCCCUCUGCAUUGUGGUCCUCUGUUGGCUGUACGUCUUCCCUGUCUAUCGGCUGCCGGACGAGAAGGAGAUCGUGCAGGGAGUCCUGCAACAAGGCACUGCGUGGAGGAGGAACCGGACGGCGGCCGGAAUCUUCAGGAAACAGAUGGAAGACUGCUGUGACCCCGCCCAUCUCUUUGCUAUGACUAAAAUGAAUUCCCCCAUGGGGAAAAGCCUGUGGUACGAUGGGGAGUUUUUAUACUCAUUCACCAUUGACAAUUCAACUUAUUCUCUCUUCCCCCAGGCAACCCCAUUCCAGCUGCCCUUGAAGAAAUGCGCGGUGGUGGGAAAUGGUGGGAUUCUGAAGAAGAGCGGCUGUGGCCGUCAAAUAGAUGAAGCAGAUUUUGUCAUGCGAUGCAAUCUUCCUCCUUUGUCAAGUGAAUACACUAAGGAUGUUGGAUCCAAAAGUCAUUUAGUGACAGCUAACCCCAGCAUAAUUCGACAAAGGUUUCAGAACCUGCUGUGGUCCAGAAAGACGUUUGUGGACCACAUGAAGGUCUAUAACCACAGUUACAUCUACAUGCCUGCCUUUUCUAUGAAGACGGGGACAGAGCCAUCCCUCCGGGUUUAUUACACACUGUCAGAUGUUGGUGCCAAUCAGACAGUGCUCUUUGCCAACCCCAACUUUCUGCGUAGCAUUGGGAAGUUCUGGAAAAGUAGGGGAAUUCACGCCAAGCGCCUGUCCACAGGACUCUUUCUGGUGAGCGCAGCCCUGGGCCUCUGUGAAGAGGUGGCCAUCUAUGGCUUCUGGCCCUUCUCUGUGAAUAUGCAUGAACAGCCCAUCAGCCACCACUACUACGAUAAUGUCCUGCCCUUUUCUGGCUUUCAUGCCAUGCCGGAGGAAUUUCUUCAACUCUGGUAUCUUCAUAAAAUUGGUGCACUGAGAAUGCAGUUGGACCCAUGUGAGGACGCCUCACUCCAGCCCACUUCCUAGGGACUGUGGAAAAAGAAAGGACUGAGCCAGGGUAUUUUUGUUAGGUUUUCUAUGUAACUUCAAAAGGAAAUGAUCAGGUCAUUUCAUGGAUUUGCAUGGACCACUUGGGAAAAAAUGACAACAGAAACCCAAGGGAAACUCUACUUUUACUGUUGGUUUGGAAGACAAAAAAAGAAGUGAACCACCCCAUAAAUGUUUGGCGCAUGGUGGAUUUGCAACUAGUAACAUGCUGAUUAAAUGAUGUUGGUAAAGCACAUUUACAUGAGCAGGUCCAGUUCACAAAUAAGACAAAACUCUAGUUAUUGAAGUCGAGGAAUUAAGGUAGAUUAAAUGAAAUGCCAGAGUAGAAGUGUUAGUGGUUAUCAACCUGAACUGACUUAGUUUAAAAAAAAAAGCUAUCUUAAUCAGACUAACAUUAGAACUAUAGGUUUUUAAAAAAUUCUUACUUAAUUUUGCCCUAUUUAAGGGCAUUGAGUAGGUGAUGGGGUACAUUUUUUAAAAUCCCUUACUGAGUAAUAUGGAUACAAAACGCUACAACUGAUAAUUGUAAUUUGUUGAACCAAGUCUUUGUUAACUAGAGUUCCCCUCCCUUCUAUUUAAAAAAUUGUUAAAUAAGAAUUACUUCCUCCCCUUUUGUCAAGUCCACUUAGACAAUGUGAAACAUUGGUGAAUUUAGAUUGUGUUGAUUCAUUGUUAGGAGGACGAGUCACUUUCCCUCCUCAGAAUUUAGGGCAUAAACUCAGUUUUAGGUCUGCAUUAUGCAAGCCUAUUUGCAUUAUUAUUGUGUGUGCUCAGUCGCUCAGUUGUGUCCUACUCUCUGCAACCCCAUGGACCAUAGCCUGCCAGACUUCUCUGUCCAUGGGAUUUGGAGUGGGUUGUCAUUUCCUAUUUCACAGGAUCUUCCUGACCCAGGGACCGAAACCCACAUCCCUUGCUUAUUAUUUUAGUGCAAAAAACUACAAAUGCAAGUGCAUUAUUUGUUUGCAAAUUGGCAUAAUUGUCUUCAUAAUUUAAUGUUCAGAGAUGAAGUAAAGCACAAUGACAUCAAGCUUAGUCUCUGGAAGACAGACCGGAAGUACUUCCUUUUCCUUCUGCCAUGGUAAAUAGGUUCUCUCCAAGAUGAAGCAUAUGCAUGCACACAUAAAAGCAUGCAUAGACUCAUGUACACUCAUACACACACUCAGACAAAGUUCAUUCCUGUGCAGCUAUGAAAGCAGAACCCAUAUGACCUGGGAUAGCAGAAAUCUGUAACUGGUGUUGGAGAGCUAUGAAUGCAUUACGUACUACCUACCACACCUUGCUAUGAGACAAACCAGCUUACUGGUUGCUGCUGUAAUGCUCAUACCAGCAUGAGAUGUGAGCCUUACCCCCAAAUCACUCCAAAUGAACAGAACUGUUUUAGUGUAUGUGACUCCCCCCCACCAAUAUCUCAUGAGUAAAUCCUGUGUUGCAUAUGGUCAUCAACACAUGGUUCACACCAGUAAAGGGAUGUGAGUUAGUAGUUGUUGAUUCCCAUAGUAACAGGACAGCUUAAAAGGCUCGUUACCUCAGCUUUGACACACCGCACCCAAACUCUGUUGACAGAUUACAGGCAGUCAGAUGUGUUUACAUACAGAGAAAGGGAAAAACAACCUCACGUGGUCUUUGUGUUGGGGGAUGUCUUAAUCUAAAAGGAGACAGUACAUUUCACUAACUUGAUUCUUUUAAGUGUCACCAGAAUGUAGGUAAACUGUACCCAAAAGUUCUGCUUCAUUUUCCUUGGAAAAGACUUAGUAUACAAUGUAGACUCAACCAGGUGGCAGUGUGGGGUGGGUUCAUUUAAAUAAUACCGAGAUGACAAAACUGUUGGAAAAAUUCUACAUCAUUGGGAUGUGGUGGCGCUCAGUCGCUCAGUCGUGUCUGACUCCUUGCAACCCCAUGGACUGUUGGCCGCCAGGCUUCUCUGUCCAUGGACUUUUCCAGAAAAGAAUACUGAAGUGGGUUGCCAUUUCCUACUCCAGGGGAUUUUCCUAUCUAGGCAAUUUCUAAAUAAGAUUUAAUUUUGAGGUUAUUAUAGAGAUCAACUGUUAAAAUAUGACUGGUGACAUAACACAGAUUCUGUUGAUACUUAGAAAGUUAAGAAUUUAAGAGUAUUGAUUCUGAGCAGAUCCGAUUUGCUUUUUUGAUCCUAUUUGGCAGCAAAAAUGUAAUGAGAAUGUACUAUGAGUGAUUUGCAUUAAAUUUGCACGUCUGUGCAAUCCUGAAUAUAUUUCCUCUUUUGAGCUAUUAUUAUUAUUUAAUAACUACCUGAAAAGGAAUGCAUUUUUACUAUACAUUUCAUCAAAAUAUAAAAGGCCUAACAAAAAUCACACAUAAAAGUUAAUAAAAUAGAUAUCACUCAAAUUAGUGCUUUAAUUGUUGACAUUGUUAAAAUCAAUAAUUAAAGAACUCCAUCGAACUCAUGUGUCUUGGCUCCAUUGAAGAUAUCUUCUGGAAAUUUUGCAUUUUGUAAUUCCUAGGCUAGGUUUGUGCAAGAGAUUUGUACAGUGGUUAGUUGUACAUUUGGAGCCUCUGAAAGGCAAGCAAGUAGACAGAGAAUAAUUAGAUCAUGGCUUCUUAACUGGGGUGAUUCUCCUCUCCUGUCUGGUGACAUUUGCCAGUGUCUGCAGACUUCUUUGUGGGAUCUUAGUUCCCCCACCAGAGAUGGAACCCAGGCCCUUGGCAGUGAAAGCUCAGAGUCCUGACCACUGGAUCACCAGGGAAUUCUUAGGAGAUAUUUUUGAUGGUCAUGGUUUGGAGGGUGCUGCCAGCAUCUAAUGGAUAGAGGCCAGGGGUCCUACUAAAGAUCUACAAUGCAUAGAGCAGCCCCCCAACAAAGAAUUACCCACGUGAAAAUCCUAGUAGUGCCAAGGUUGAGAAACCCCAGAUUAGACCAAAAUGAUAUUUUGAUUAUUCCUUAUUGUCUUCACUUACAUGUUCAUGUCAUUCAAAGUAUGACUACAAUUUAAUGAGAAUGUUUUCUCAGAGUAGAUUACAGCUUGGCAUUAUUUUAUAGUGAUAGUUCACAAGUAUGCCAUACAGAUUUCCUUUCCUGUGGUUAGAUAGAUAUAUCUCAAUCUAGGAGUUGAGAGUGUGUGUGCUUAUGUGUGUGUACAUGUGCUUAUAGCAUAAAGUUAGUAUAUCCAUCCUUACUGGAAUAUAUGUGUUCCUAAGUGAGGAUCUUUCUAGAAUUAUCUUUCACAGUACUCUGGCAUACUCUAUUACUCUUAAGUUAAAUUCUAAGUUCCCAUUAUUUUAUUUUCUUGAAAUUGAGACCUUCAGAAUUGGGCCUCAUUAUUUGCCAAAUUUGGUUGAUUACAUUUUAAUGUUACUGACCCUUAAGAUUCAGCUCAGAAGAGAUUUGGGUUGCAGUAGACACAUUUCAUAAGAAAGUAUUUCAUCACUUUUGAUGCACCUGCAAGGAGAAGGCAUCAUCCUCUAACAUAUUAGUCUAAUUUUUAAGUUAUAUUUUAGUGGCAAAAAUUAGGUUGCUCCAUGGGGAUAAAUGAGGGAAUGAAGAGACUGAAAAUGAGUACCUGAUGUGGAUUUUUAUUUUUAUUAGCUCCAAUUGGAGAACUGCACUGAUGUUAUGGAUCAUGAGUAAGAAAGACUUCUGUUUGAUUUUAAUUAGACUUUGGUCAAAUUAAGAUGCCUGAAGGAUUAAGUCUUUCAUAAGAAAGUAAUUUUUUAUAUGAAAGAUUUUUUAUGGAAGAAGACCCUGGACACAUGCUUUCUAUAGUAUUUGACCAACCAUUUAUACAGUAUUGUGCAUCUAAAUUGAAAGUAACACAAGAAGUCAAGGAGUGCUUCCUGGAUUUUGUUUCUGUAUAGUUCACUUUUACUUAUUUUAACAAGGGCAAAUGAUUCAAAAUGAUCCAGAGUGACAGAUGUUCAAACAGUACUCUGUGUUUGGCUUUGUGAUGUUUUAUGCCCUUUUCUGGACUAAAAACCUUGUUUAGGUUAAAUAUAACUUGUACCUGCAGCAAUGGGCAACCUGGCUUAAAAAUCUAUAUGGAAAAUAACUGGGGAAAUCCUAGGAUUCUGAAUUUGCCAAAAGUAUUCUAAGAUUAGUCCAAAGCUUUACAGGAGUGUUAGUGAUCAUUUCAAAUAGAAACAAUAACCCAUGACAUUGUCAGCAACUCAGGUUUGUCAUUUUAUUAUAUACCACCUCCUGUUUCUCCGUUUGGAAAAUCAGUCACCUAGGGUUUUCAUUUCUAUAUUUAAAAAUACU